CAUUCCUCGGAAAUAAUUCUGGUAGUCAAUUAUUCAACGGAAGGAAAAUAGACGAAGGAGAAGUUGGUGGCUCGAGGGCCGUGUUCUGCGCGAGAGAAUUCGAGAAAAGGCCGAUGGAAUGUCGAAACUGUAAAAUCUGAACGAAGAGUAUUCGAAAAGUAGACCUUCGGGAUCGACAGCCGGCAGUGGAUUGGUCCGUUCCAUUGAAAAUAAUGCCAAAGGCGCGUGGUCAUUGGCCGUUCGGUCUAUCCCUCCCCCCACGUGAAUCCGCAAGCUAUAUAGAACACCUCGCGUGGAAUUUCAUCUUCAGAACUGAGAGUCAGUGUCAAGGAAGUCCAUCUGGAACUAACGAAAAUGAAAUACAAUCAGUACGUGUCGCUAUGCUUGGUGGCGCUUGUUCUUGGACAAGCAGCAUCAUUGCCGCAGUAUCAGCAGCAAUUCCAGCAGCAGGUCAGGGACGAGAGGAAAUUCGCGGAGAAGCCAAACGCCAUGAAGAAAGUCGCCCUCGAUGAUCUGGACGACAUCAGCACCAAUCAGAUUCAAGAAGGUGGCAGUACCGGGUUCUCGUGGUCGAACAUGCUGAGCAUGCUGAUGCAGAUGCUCCUGGGGCAAACAGGCGGUGCAACUGGCCCAAGCAAGAACGAGAUCGACGACGGUGCACCAGCCAGCCCUUGGGCAAAUUUGCUAUCGGUCGGGCUGAGAGUUCUCACCGCUCUUCUAGGUGGCCCCCAGCAAUCAGUCGACGGUAUCGACAAAGUUGACAACCAGAGCAGCCCCAUGCAGGGCAUUUUGACUGCGGUGCUGGGCGCGUUUCUAGGACAGGGCAGAGACCCCGAUCAGGUUGCUGUCAUGGCUAAAAACGCUUCUGAGUUCAUUAGCAUAGUGAUCAAUCUUCUGGACGCGUUGAAGACCUCGUUCUCUCAUCGUUCCAUGGCAGCUAGGUCGAUGGGAAGACGGGACACCGUCUCAGAAGCUGCUGUCGCCUCCAUUUCCAUGCUCAAGGGCUACAUGAGGUCGGUGAAGUCGUUUAACAACGUUGGUCGCGCGGAGGACGAAGGUCAACGAGGUUGCGCCGAAAGGGCCCUCUGCGAAGCCAGUGCAGAGUGUGUUGCCGAUGCUCAGGGGACAUCUUCCAUCUUCUGUCAGCUUGGAUCGUACGCGACGAGUUAUCUGCUCCAGAGGCAGAGCGGGGUAGGCUUCGAGGCGUUGUACGAGGCAGGUCGACGUGGACGCACCGGCGAGGACUGCAGAACCUUGUUCAUGGACUGCAACGCCGUAUGAAAACUCGUUCCGAUUCGUUCAAGUGCGAUUUAGACCCUCUGGGACUCGACCAACGCCGGACUCGGUUAUCUGAAACUUAUCUCUACAAUAAAUUACACAUGCCUCAACGAAAGUCUCUUGAAAGUCAAAAAGUUUUAGGAGUCUGUCAGUCGACCGAUUUGUCGUGUCCCGAGGGUUCAAAUCGCACCGACGCGACGGAAGAGUAGCUUUCAUACGCGAGAACCGUGCCGAGAACCAAAACCACAGAAUGACAAUACCCUCUCGAAGCUCUCGUUCGACGAACUCGGCCCCUAAAGAAUCGACGAAUUCCAAUUGGCCAAUUGUCCCGAAAUUGCCAAGCUCGGCGUCGAAAUUCGAUGAAAUUCUGGGUAUAAAUGUGGGUGUGUCGCGAUCGAUCAACGACCGGUCAAUUGAUUCAUUGAUCGAUCGACAGUUUGCCGUUAUGCGUCGCUGCUGUUACAAUUGGUUCGAUGAAAUGUUCGACGAAACUCUUGGUGCCCCCUGGUGACCGAGGCAGGAAGUCUCCGGUCCCCGGUGGAUCCUGAGAGUUUGAUCGUUCGCGACUAGAGAGGUACAGGCGAGAGAAGAGAGAACACGCGAAGUGGGAGAAGCAUACACUUUAACGUAGAAGUAGACUGAACGAGAUUCCAGGCCUGGACGAACCUGUGUAACGUUCGGACAGGCCUCCACGACGAUCACGGUAUUUAUUUCUAUUUAUUGAACUUAGCGGGCGUAGAGCUAGCGCGUAACCACGAGACUCGAAACAACCACCACGUGCAAGGGGCACCCAACUUGUUUUUCCGUUGACAAUCGACGAGCUAAUUCUGUCUGAACUUCAAUCUGCGUCUUCUUCUUCUUUUUUUUUUUUUUAUUUUCUUUGGUGGCGAUCCGAGCCACACAUUUUCACAUUUAAUCUUCAGCUUAUUCGCAUCUGCUGGACGAGACAGUUGCUUCGUUUCCGGGAGGAAGACUAGGUUUCAGGUAGUCUGAAGACUACCAAUGCUUGGCGAAUCAGACGUGACUGGGAUUCGACUGGAACUACAUCCUGGAAUGGUGGCCCUCCCUAGAUUUUCGCACGAGUUAACGUCUCAGGAUAUUCGUUUCGUUUAUGUUAUUUAAUAAACCUGCUCAAAAUUAUCUGUUGUAUAUAGGAAUUAUAUAUGUAUACAUAUGAAUGUACGUACAUAUACAUAUACACAUACACACGGGUGGAGUUUUCUUUUUUCCGCAAUAGCCACGUUCUAUUUUAUUAGCUCAGUUAGCGUAUCUUUGUUAGACGUAAGUUGUAUGUAUGACCGUGCGGUACGAUGACAUUUUAAUCGAAAUUAAUAAACGUUCUCAUUGAUGAA